UAGGAGGUACUUCAAAGGAGCACAUUUCGACGAUGUGCAUGAACAAGUGUCAGCAAAAGGUCUAGUAGCUGUAGUGACCGGUGCGAACAGUGGCAUUGGCCUGCAAACUGUCAGAGGAUUAAACCUUGCAAAGGCUAAGGUAUAUAUGCUCUGUCGCAAUGAAGAACGUGGCGUAGCUGCAAAGAUCAAACUCGCACAGAUGGGCUGCGAUGCCACUCGUCUCGUCAAUCUUCGUUGUGAUCUGGCAGAUUUUAGCAGCGUUAGAGAAUGCGCAAAUGAGAUUUUAAAAGAAGAAGACAAGAUCGACAUACUCAUCAAUAAUGCUGGAGUGAUGUUUUAUCCAAGAUAUGAGAAAACGGUUGAUGGCCACGAGAUGACCUGGCAAAGCAAUCAUCUUGGACAUUUUCUUCUUACUCAGUUACUUCUGCCUGCACUGGAGAAGGCACCAAAUGCAAGGAUUGUGAUCGUGUCUUCGGUACUGCAUCUCAGGAGUAAAGCCUUAGAUUUGGCUACCAUCGACGACGAGAAAAAAUUUGGCUAUUUCGAGCCAUACUUUCGCAGCAAGCUUGCUAGUGUCAUGCACGCUCGUGCCCUGACUAAGCGUCUUCAUGAACUCGGCAUACACAAUGUCACUGUGAACUCGUUACAUCCAGGUUAUGUGAACACCAACCUGCCUCGAUCGACUCCAUUCCUCAAAACGCCCUUACGCCAAAUAACUGCUCCAUUCAGGUGGUUCUUUAUGAAAACAGAUCGCGAUGGAGCGCAGACUUCCCUUUAUCUGGCCCUCAGCAAGAACGUUGAAGGUGUCAGCGGAAAAUACUUUGCGUGA